AUGUUUUAUCCACACCAACAGACAUCGCACGCCUCAUCGGGCGGAGGAGCGUCAAAGCAUCACGACAGUAAUGGAGAUACCGGUGGGAAUAACAGAUUAGGCUCGGGCGGAGGAGGAGGAUGGGCGAGACAUCCAUCACAUCCAUCAUUCACUCCUUCGGGUAUGCCAUUACCUUCACCUGGAGGAUACCCAUCUCUAGGAGGAGGAGGCGCAUUCCCACCUCCAUCGGGUGGACAUGGAGGACACCAUCAGCAUUCCAACCACGUUCACCUACACGGUCAUGGACAACAUCAUCCAAGUUUCGGUGGGAACUCCAAUCUAGGUGGUGGACUGGGUGUAGCUGGACCAGGAUCAGGAAAUACCCAUAGUCCGUCGGGUUAUGGUGGGAUGAGUCUGUUUGGAGGUGCUGGGGGAGCAGGUCAACAGAAUAGUCCACCUAGAAAUGAACCUUCGAUGCCAUUAACGGCUUUUUGGCAACAUCAGUUGUUAAGAGCGGAAGCAUCCAGACUAUCAUCAUCACCUCAUCAUCGAGCGAGAGCUGCAGCCAUCUCCUCUCGAGCUACCCAUAAACCUUCCGCUGUCACCAUUACCGAUCCCAACAACCGACCCACCUCAUCUCAAUCAAUCGCCUUGAAUGGUAUUCACCGUAAACAAACCUCACUCUCAGUCACUCGACCAGAUUCCGAUAGAGGUGUAACUCCCCCACCUCCCCCAUCGGAUCCAUCAUCUACACCUGGACCAGAACAUGCUGAUCCCGCUACACCCGCCCAACCUCCUGCACCAAAUGAUAAAGAAGAAGAGCGAGUUUCUGAGCCAUGGACAGGUCUAGACUUGGGUGGUAUCAGAUUGAAAACAUUAUCGACCGCUUUGUUCUCCUUCGAUCACAUCACAUCCUUAUACGUCAACCAUAAUGCUCUUACCACCAUACCAUCUGCCAUAUCCCGAUUACGCCAACUCACCUUACUCGAUGCGACCGGCAACGAGCUCACGUCGAUCCCACCUGAAAUUGGUGUAUUAUGCAAAUUGAAAGAUCUGUUACUUUUCGAUAAUCACCUUACGACUUUACCCUUCGAACUGGGAACUCUGUAUCAAUUAGAAACUCUAGGUGUGGAAGGUAAUCCCUUAGAUGAUAGGUUGAAGAAGUUGAUAGCCGAUGAAGGGACGAGUGGACUGAUCCAUCACAUGAGGGAUAAUUGCCCACCUGGACCUGAACCACCUGAAAGACACUGGAUAGAGAUUGAACCGGAUAUAUCAUCACCUUCGUCAGGUAAACAAGAAUCGUUCACAGUCUUGACUUACAAUAUCCUCUGUCACUCUUUUGCACCCGGUACGACAUACUCUUACACACCAAGCUGGGCGUUAGAAUGGGGUUAUAGGAAACAGGCGAUCCUCAAUGAGAUCGCUCAAGCUUCAGCGGAUAUUGUCUGUCUCCAAGAGAUAGAUUGUGAACAGUAUGCGGAUUACUUCUUACCUGAAUUGAAGAGACAUGGGUACGAAGGUCAACAUUACCCCCGAUCCAGAGCUAGGACUAUGUCUGCAGACGAGCAGAAGGCUGUAGAUGGAUGUGCUACGUUCUGGAAGAGUGAUCGUUUCCAACUUGUCGAAGCUCAGGUGGUUGAAUUCAACCAACUUGCCAUAAGCAAGACCGAUAUGCGUACUGAAGACAUGUUCAACCGAGUCAUGUCCCGAGAUAAUAUAGCUGUGGUCGCAGCAUUGGAAUUCAAAGCUUCCGGAGCUAGGCUGUUAGUUGCCAACUCGCAUAUCUAUUGGGAUCAUCGAUAUAGGGAUGUGAAAUUGGUUCAAAUCGGAAUGUUAAUGGAAGAAUUAGAAAAGAUCGUUGAAAACUUCUCAAGACUACCAGCUAGAUUGUCUUCCGAUCCUGAAUAUAACCUUGGACGAGGACCACCCAAAUACGAAAGAUCAGAAAAAGGUAGAGACAUCCCUUUGAUCAUGUGUGUUGAUCUUAACUCUUUGAGUGGAUCGGCAGUAUAUGAUUAUCUGUCGACUGGGGAAAUACCGCCAGAUCAUGAAGAUUUCAUGGAUCAUACUUAUGGUACAUACACCAACAAAGGUCUACGACAUAGAUUAGCAUUGAGAUCUUCAUGCGCGUCAUUUGGGGAGAUGAAAAUGACCAAUUUCACUCCUACUUUCGAUGCCGCUAUAGAUUAUAUCUUCUAUACCCAUAAGACUAUGAAGGUAACUAGUGUAUUGGGUGAUGUGGAUAGAGAAUAUUUGGAUAAAUGCGUUGGGUUCCCUAAUACACAUUUCCCAUCUGAUCAUAUACCGGUAUUUGCUCAGUUCAGACUCAAAGGUCAAUCCGAUUCUCACUCUCAGUCUAAUGGUUCAUACAAUCAUUAG